AUGACGGUAGCAUAUGAAUCGCACCGUGGGUACUCCUCGGCCUCACAACAGCCACCCUUAUGCCUUGAGGAUAAGUUUGAAAUCCUCAAGGACAUAGGUGAUGGAAGUUUCGGCAGUGUCGCUCUCGGCAGGACACGGAGCGCUGGCGCUCAUGUUGUGCGGAGAGGGACGAUGGUCGCCAUCAAGACGAUGAAGAAGACUUUCGACAACUUCUCGCAGUGCAUGGAGCUUCGAGAAGUGGUCUUCCUGAAGACCCUGCCCAAUCACCCUCACCUGGUGCCAGCUUACGACAUAUUCUUGGACCCGCUCAGUCGGAAACUCCACAUCGCGAUGGAGUACAUGGAGGGAAACCUGUACCAGCUGAUGAAGUCUCGAGAUCAUAGGCCCCUUGACAGCGGCAGUGUGAAGAGCAUACUCUUCCAGAUACUGUCUGGACUGGAGCAUGUGCACGACUUCAACUUCUUCCACCGAGAUAUCAAGCCGGAGAACAUCCUCGUCUCUAGCUCUGCUUCAGACAAUGGACACAGCUUCAAGCGAUACUCCGCCCUCGUCACCCCUCCCUCUACACCACCCACCUACACGAUUAAGAUCGCAGAUUUCGGACUGGCAAGAGAGACACAAUCGCGCGUACCGUACACGACAUACGUGUCAACGCGAUGGUACCGCGCGCCAGAGGUUCUGCUGAGAGCGGGCGAAUACUCGGCUCCAGUAGACAUUUGGGCUAUUGGUGCAAUGGCAGUGGAGAUCGCGACUCUGAAGCCGUUGUUUCCGGGAGGGAAUGAAGUGGACCAGGUGUGGAGAGUGUGCGAGAUCAUGGGAAGUCCUGGAGCUUGGGUGAACAAGCAUGGUCAGCGCGUUGGAGGAGGCGAGUGGAGGGAGGGCACGAAACUUGCACAGAAGCUCGGGUUCUCCUUCCCGAAGAUGGCACCUCACUCUUUGGACUCGAUACUUCCUGCACCGCAAUGGCCGGCGAGCCUAGCACAAUUCGUGACGUGGUGUCUGAUGUGGGACCCGAAGGCCCGGCCUACCUCCCGCCAGGCGCUCGAACACGAGUUCUUCACAGAUGCGGUAGAUCCGCUUCGACCGAAGAGCAGUGCUACUACGCGUGUCCUCUCGCGGAAAGGCUCGAGUCAGGCUGGGUUGAGUGAGUCGGGUGAGCCGGGGCACGUCCUGUCAACAAAGACUUCGUCAUGGUUCAGACGAUCGCUGCCAGCUCGCGAGGCGUCGGCACCCACCGUACCAGAGCACACGCACUCAACGCACUCCGCCAGGCCUCAGCCUGUUCAUGCGAACACAACAGAAGCGCCACCCCCCGCUCACAAGGGCAGGCCUACAAACACCAAGCGCGCCACAUGGACAAAUGGCGCGUCGAACAAUGCUGCGCCUAUACCCAUACUCCCGUCAAUACGACCAGUAUCGCCUCUGCCCAAUGAAGUCACAGCGCAGGCGAACACGCGAUACAUGGACCAGCCCGAUGAGAACCACAAGAAAAUCGGUCGCCAGUUGUCGGUCAACUCGCAAGGCAACCACUAUGCUGAUAUACACCGGCAAGAAGCUGAGCGUAUGCUUAACGGCAAUGGCUUGAAGUCACCUACCGGCAGCCAGAAGGAAAGCUUCUUCUCGCACCUUCGCAAACGUGCUAGGCGGCUGUCUGGCCGACAACAAGGACCCAUCUCACCAAACCCAGACGAUCUUGAGGCCAAUGUGGGCUGCACGCCAUGGACUUCGAACCGUCAAUCAGUACCCGGCACCCAGAGUAUUGCGCCUUCAGCGGCCGAUCCUUCUGCCGACCCGAACUUCGCGGACCUUGACCGCGCGUUGCAAAACGUGCGGUACAGCAUUGACGCUGCGGCUCAAUCGUCAAUGAAUCAACAGGUGAUGCAGCAAGCGCCUAAGCAGCCGACGAAGAUGCACAGCAACCCUAGCCUCAAGCGACACCAUUCGUUACCGGGCACCGAGGGAAGAUCAUCGCCCGGACCGACUGGCGGCAGGACUCGUCGAUCGCUUCGGUAUCCUAACACGAACACGAACCACUACGAGACGCCAGACGAGGAAGACGAGCUGCUGGAUGAAGCCCUGACCUCUGCGCACACAGCUGCGAGACGGCUGGACCAUCAGUCGCAUAGCGCUGCGGCUUACCAGCACAACCGGCCACAGAUCCAUCAGGUCACUUCCGACCCAGUCUACCCAGCGCCGUACUUGACGCCAUCGCCAUCGAAAGACGCGAAUGGCGUUAGCUUCGGUGCGCACGACUACACUCCGACCAAGCCCAUGAACAUCCCACCCAGGCCGCCUCCGAAGGAGCAACACAAUUCGCAGUGGCCGACACCGCCCUACGAUGAUAACGACUGGGCUUCCAUGGCAGCCGCCAGUAUCUUCGCAACGCAGGCGGCCUACCGGUAG